AGAUUUUUUUACCGGUAGCGUUAGUGCUGACCUGCCACAAAUUACAGGGUCCUCGAGAUAUCCGGUUCUAAAGCCAAGCGUGCGUCUCUCUACUACUCUACAUUAAGUUCUAACUUCGCUCUGCCGCAGUUAUCAUUAAUCUAAAGAGGAUUAUAUCGAUAAAAUGGACGACCCAUUAUGGACAUGGCCAGCCUGGAAAUUCGACAUGAAAACAGAGGAUUUAGUCACCAAGCUUCACGAUCAGUACAACACAUACCCGGUCCCCAUUCAAGACACUGAAGCCUUUUAUCGCGAUAUCUCCGAAAUCUCCUACGAAGCGCAGUCGACAGCAGAAUUUCACCAUUUAGCCAGCCAUCGCAGACAACAACGUCUCUGCGAAUUAAAUAAAUCUCUUGAAUCUGCAAGCGUCGAAAUCAUUGGAAACCCAAACCUCAUCAAGAUGCCUCAAUGGGAACAUGCAGUCCAGCUCUUCCGUACAAACUCUUUGGACUCCCUCGUUCGAUACUUCGCUUCUUACCUUCCCAUCGACCACAUUUGGCAUCCGUUGUGUCAAGAUUCCGCCCUUGCCGCCACUCACACUUUCUCCACAUCCCCUUUACCGAAAAAACGGUGCAAGCGCACCAAAAUUAAUAAGACCUUUGGCGCUAGCGGGCAGACCUUACUGUCGUCGUCGAUGGUGCUUGGCCGCCUUCCGGCGAAAGAUCAACCCCUGGAGGCGGAUAAAGUCUUCGAUUCUACGCGCCCUGCUGUAUUAUCCUCAUGUUCAGAACCGGAAAUUAAGCAUACUCGACCCCAGGAAUACAGCCCCUACGCUAGCCACGGGGAAGCCGCAGUGAGUUCUGGUGAUGGUACGUCGACGAUAUCAGAUUACGAUACAUUUACAACGAUUGAAUGCAGGAUUAAGAACACACUCAAUGAGACAGCACUCUUCGACAAGAGAUUAUCUACCAGAUUAUCUCUCGAGCAGAUUGAUCUUGCAAGCAACCAUUCAGGCGGCCAGAGAAGCCGUAGUGUCGAUUGCCAAGUGAGUGCACGCCCUAAGAUUUUGACGUCUUCACCCGCAAAUUUCUCAUUUCCAGGGCCUUUACGGACUCCGGUCGCAUCAGAUGACUUCAAUCGAGGUGCUGCUGGAGGUACAGUGGGAUCGAAGCGCAAACGUUGAGCGACAAAAACUCUGAAGAAAGCUUUUCAAUCUUCACAUAUUCAUAUUAUACCUUAGAAAAUGACGUAAUUUCGCUUAACGACUUUUAUUAUUGUUGGAGAAUCCGAGAAUUCCCCUUCCCUUCAGGAUUCAGACUGUUAGUCUGAGAGUCGUAGAUUUAGACUUCAAAGUCCUAGCAGAAAUCAUCUAGAGAUAUAAACCCUAGAAGAGCUCUCCUCUCAAUGGUUAGCAACAAGUUAAAUGUUCCACUUAGCAUUACUGCGCAAUAUAAACAACA